AUGACUAGAAGGAAUCAAACUGCCAUCACAGAGUUCCUCCUCCAGGGCCUGCCCAUCGAGUCAGAGCAGAAAAACCUGUUCUAUGCCCUGUUCCUGGCCAUGUAUCUUACCACCGUCCUCGGGAACCUCCUCAUCAUUUUCCUGAUUCGCCUGGACUCUCAGCUCCACACGCCCAUGUAUUUGUUCCUCAGUAACUUGUCCUUCUCUGACCUGUGCUUCUCCUCUGUCACAAUGCCCAAGUUGCUGCAGAACAUGCAGAGCCAAGUCCCAUCCAUCCCCUAUGCAGGCUGCCUGACCCAGAUGUACUUCUUUCUGUAUUUUGGAAGCAUGGAGAGCUUCCUCCUUGUGGCCAUGGCCUAUGACCGCUAUGUGGCCAUCUGCUUCCCCCUGCACUACACCACCAUCAUGAGCCCCAAGCUCUGUCUCUCUCUGGUGGCGCUGUCCUGGGUUCUGACCACGUUGCAUGCCAUGUUACACACUCUGCUCAUGGCCAGGCUAUGUUUUUGUGCCAGUAAUGUGAUUCCUCACUUUUUCUGUGACAUGUCUGCUCUGCUGAAGCUGUCCUGCUCUGACACCCGAGUCAAUGACGUGGUGAUAUUUAUCAUGGGAGGCCUUAAUGUCAUCAUCCCGUUCCUACUCAUCAUCACCUCCUAUGCACAAAUUGUGAUGUCCAUCCUCAAGUUCCCUUCUGCUAGAGGUAUGCGCAAGGCCUUCUCCACCUGUGGCUCCCACCUGGCUGUGGUGUCGCUGUUCUAUGGAACAGUUAUUGGUCUGUAUUUAUGCCCAUCAGCUGACAAUUCUACUGUGAAGGAGAUGGCCAUGGCUAUGAUGUACACUGUGGUGACGCCCAUGCUGAACCCCUUCAUUUACAGCCUGAGGAACAGAGACAUAAAGGGAGCCCUGGGAAGAGUCUUUUCAAAAAGAAAUCUAUUUCUGUAUGAUGGUAAAACUUAG